GGCGGCUUUGUCUCUCGGAGCUGCUUCGCUCGCGUCCAAGGCGGCAGUUUGAGCAGGAGAGAGCGGGAAAGCAAGCGGCGAGUCAAGCAGCGGCGGCGUCGCAGGUGGAGAAAGAGGAGAUGGCGGACAAUGACCCUCAGAGCGCCAAGGAGCUCUCUCAGUUUGCAGAAAAUCUCCUACAACAGCUGCAGGAAAACUUUGAAGAUCUGACUGAUCAACUAUCUCUAAAAAUGGAUGAGAUGGGUGAACGUAUAGAUGAUUUGGAGAAGCAUGUUACUGGACUAAUGGCUCAAGCUGGAAUAGAAAAUGCUACUGAAGAUCUAACGGUGAGAUUCUGAUUUUGUAAACUCAUCACAUUACUGUUGCAGUAGCUAAAUGUCUGCUAUGACAAUAUAUUUAGCAUCACCAGUUCAAAAGGGUAAAAGAAAAUAAACUCACCCUUUAAAAAAAUCUUGUUUGCAUUAAUAGAAGCAUAAGAACACAGCUAGCUUAAGGCAGGGUAAGGAUUUCCACAAGUGAAACUUAAUACUCAAUGAAUCCAUAAAAUAAUACACAGUUUUGCACCUUCUUCCAGUGAACUCUUUCAACUUCCCACUGUAACUUAUUAAUCCUGAGAUUUCCCAGUGAUCUCUCACCCAAAAACUCAGCAGAUCCACCUUCGCUUAGCUUUUAAAGGCUCAGCCAUGGUGUAUUCAUCUGCUUAUUAAAGCAUUUGGAGAAUAAAAAUUAUAGCAAAGCAUAAAAUUUUGGAGGGAUUGCAAGAGAGCCAGGAC